UAACACACUCGUGUCCCAAAUAAAUUUAUAGUACUAAAUAUUUAUUUAUUUAUUUAUGUUUAACCUCUAGUGUUGAAAAUUGUUUGAAUGACUCAUAGCACUAUAAUACUUAUAGUACCUUCUUCUUCCCUUUGUCUCUCUUGACUCAUUACAACCUUAACACUUCAUUUCUGAGUUUGGUAAACCUAUGAUGUUUCUCUCUAUGUUCAUUAUUUUCACCUAAACAAAUUUUCUUACACUACAUCUUCAUCUCAUUUCAUUACUUUUUCAUUUCUAUAUUUUGAAAAGAAGUUUUCAAUGAACAACAAUUGGCUUUCUUUCCCUCCCUCACCUUCUCAUUCUUCUUUACCUGCAAAUGAUCUUCAAGCAACUCAAUAUCAUCACUUUCCUCUUGGAUUAGUCAAUGAAAACAUGGAAAACCCUUUUCAAAAUCACGAUUGGAAUCUGAUGAACACACAUAGCAGCAAUGAAGUACCAAAGGUUGCAGAUUUUCUUGGUGUUUGCAAGUCUGAAAACCACUCAGAUCUUGCUGCACCGAAUGAAAUUCAAUCAAGUGAGUCGGAUAAAUAUCUGUACGCGAAUAACAAUAAUCUCAUGCCAAUGCAAAACCAAAUGGUAACAACUUGCACCAAAGAGUAUCAAGAAAAGGGUAGUAACAGUAAUUUACAAUCUUUGACAUUAUCCAUGGGAAGUGGUAAGGAUUCAACAUGUGAAACUAGUGCUAGUGGUGACAACAAUAGUACAAACACAGUUGAAGUAGCUGUUCCUAAAAGAACCUCAGAAACCUUUGGUCAGAGAACAUCAAUAUAUCGAGGUGUAACAAAACAUAGAUGGACCGGAAGGUAUGAAGCUCAUCUUUGGGAUAACAGUUGUAGAAGGGAAGGACAAUCAAGAAAAGGUCGUCAAGUGUAUUUAGGUGGAUAUGAUAAAGAAGAGAAAGCUGCCCGGUCUUAUGAUUUAGCUGCACUGAAGUAUUGGGGGACAUCCACCACUACUAACUUUCCAGUUAGUAACUAUGAGAAGGAAAUAGAUGAAAUGAAGCAUAUGACAAGACAAGAAUUUGUUGCCUCUAUUAGAAGGAAAAGCAGUGGUUUCUCAAGGGGUGCUUCAAUGUACCGUGGAGUUACAAGGCAUCACCAACAUGGGAGAUGGCAAGCAAGAAUUGGCAGAGUAGCCGGAAACAAAGAUCUUUACUUGGGAACUUUCAGCACUGAAGAAGAGGCUGCAGAAGCAUAUGACAUAGCAGCAAUAAAAUUCAGAGGACUCAACGCUGUAACUAACUUCGACAUGACUCGUUACGACGUGAAAGCCAUUCUCGAAAGUAACACACUUCCAAUCGGAGGAGGUGCUGCGAAAAGACUAAAAGAAGCACAAGCUCUAGAAACUUCUAGAAAACGUGAAGAGAUGAUUGCACUCAACUCAUCAAUGUCAUCAUCGUCUUUCCAAUAUGGAGCAGCAAGCUCUAGUAACACGAGGCUUCAACCUUACCCUCUCACCCAUUAUCAUUAUCCAUUUGAACAACAACCUCAACCUUUGCUAACCUUACAAAACAGCCAUGAAAGCAUGUCUCAUUUCUCUCAACACCAAGGUGGUGGUUAUUUCCAAACACAGCUUGAGUUGCAACAACAACAGAACCAACAAACGUCUCAGAAUAAUAAUAUUGGUUCGUUCUACAAUGGUUAUUUUCAGAGUAAUCAUCCUGGUUUGUUUCAGAUGAAUAACAUGGGGUCUUCUUCUUCAUCUUCUGUGAUGGGAAAUAAUGUUGGUGGUGGGUCUAGUGGGAUUUAUAAUAAUAGUGGAGGGUUGAUUGGUAAUAAUGCUGUUGGAACUGCGGAGGAAUUUGUUCCGGUUAAGAUUGAUUAUGAUAUGCAUGAUGGAGGUGGUGGUUUUGGCGGCUGGUCGGCGGCGGGUGAGAACAUGCCGGCCUCAGCUACUGCUGAUUUGUUUACUAUGUGGAAUGACUAUGAAACAAGAGACAAUUAGAUACAUGCUAAUAUGCUAUCAAGUAUGAAAACAAUUGACCAUACAAUUUUGUUGUUUCAUUAUUAUGCACAAUUGUUGUUGUAAUUGAAAACAAAAGACAGUAGUUGUUUUUCUUUUUUCAGUGGCAUAUUGACCGAUUGAGUAGGUUUGUAAUUGUGUGAAAUGUUUAAGGGCUGAAACACCAUAUACCACAGCAUGGAAGUGCAUUUUACUUUUAGAAAAACACUGA